AUGUCCAACAGCAGCUCCAUCAGCCACUUCCUCCUGCUAGCAUUGGCAGAAACACGGCAGCUGCAGCUCCUGCACUUCUGCCUCUUGCUGGGCAUCUCCCUGGCUGCCCUCCUGGGCAACGGCCUCAUCAUCAGUGCCGUAGCCUGUGGCCACCACCUGCACACACCCAUGUUCUUCUUCCUGCUCAACCUCUCUAUUCUUGACAUGGGCUUCAUAAGCACCACUGUCCCCAAAGCCAUGCACAAUACCCUCUGGGUCACCACAACCAUCUCCUAUGCAGGAUGUGCUGCUCAGGUUUUUCUGAUUUUUUUUUCCUUUGGAUCAGAGCUUGCCCUUCUCACUGUCAUGUUGUAUGACCGCUACGUGUCCAUCUGCAAACCCCUGCACUAUAGGACCCUCCUGGGCAGCAGAGCUUGUGCCCACAUGGCAGCAGCUGCCUGGGCCAGUGCCUUUCUCUACGCUGUCGUGCACACAGCCAAUACAUUUUCCCUGCCCCUUUGCCAUGGCAAUGCCCUGGACCAAUUCUUCUGUGAAGUGCCACAGAUCCUCAAGCUCUCCUGCUCCAAAUCCUACCUUAGGGAGCUUGGGCUUCUCAUACUGAAGCCCCUCUCCAUCUCCUCCCCAUCCCUGGAUCUGGCCCUGUCAGUUCUGUACUCAGUGUUUCCUCCAGUCCUGAACCCCCUCAUCUACAGCCUGAGGAACCAGGAGCUUAAGGAUGCCCUGAGGAAAAAGGUCUUUGGUGAUGUCUAUGGGUUCUUCUUGCCAUAA